AUGAAGUUAUAUGUAAUAUUAUUCACUCUUGUCCUUCUUAUUGGUUUCUGUACAUCUACUGAUCAACUUCUUGCUCGUACAUCUCUUCAAGACUAUGUUGAUAGCUUUGUACAUGAUGGUAAAAUUAAACUUCUUGGUCAUAGAGUGAAGCUUAAUAACUCAGUUAUCCGUCAAAUUUGGUCAUUUUUUAAAGCAAAAUAUCAUUGUUUAUAUCCAUCAGAUGGAGAAGAAAAAUCACGUCUUAGACUAUUUAUCAAACAUCUAAAAUAUGUAAUAUUAUCAAAUUUUCAAGAAUCAAAUACAUAUCAAUUAACAUUGAAUCGAUUUUCUGAUUGGACAUUAGCAGAAUUCAGAACAUACAAAACUGGUGCCAAGGUUCCAUCUCAUUUACAACGACGUACAAUGGAUGAUGAACUAGAUGAAGAUGCGUUACAAAUUAGUUCAGCAAAGCUUCAUCAACGCCAUUAUGAAGCAAAAAGAUUAAGACGAAAUUUACGAAAACGUCGACAUCAAGAUAAACGAUUCGGGGAUGACUGGUUUUACAAAUAUUUUAAUAGAAAUAGUGCUAAUACUAAACCAAAUAAUACAGUUGAUUGGCGAACAAAAAAUGUUGUAAGUUCUGUUAAAAAUCAAGGUGAUUGUGCCUUUUGUUAUGCAUUUGCUGCCACUGCAGUUCUAGAAUCACUCUAUGCUAUAAAAACAAAAUCUGACAAAGUUAUUGAAUUUAGUCCACAACAAAUAGUUAAUUGUUCAAAAGAGAAUGGUUGUAAUGGUGGCCGAAUUGACAAUAUUAUGAAUUAUAUUAAAAAAAAAGGUAAUAAAAUAGCUACAGAUGCUUCUUAUCCUUAUAAUUACACCGAAGAAUCAUGUCAAAUAAAUGGUAUUAACGAAAUUGAUCUAGGUGAAGUUCAACUUGAAACAAUUCCUGUAGACGAUGAAGAAAAACUAGCUGAAGCAAUUACUAAUAAUGGACCAAUAUACCUUGGAAUAAACUCAAAUUUCCUAGGUUAUGGUUACGAUGAAGGACUUAAAUUACCUUAUUGGAUAAUAAAGAACUCUUAUGGAGCAGGGUGGGGUGAAAAGGGUUAUAUACGUACAAUUAAAGAUGCUUACAAGAUGUGUGGUGUUGCGUACGAAGCAUAUACUGCUAAACUAUCAUAA